GAUCUGAUCAUAUCAUUAUUGUUACUACGUACAUUUUUACUAUCAUCUUGUUCCACACGCUCCUUGACAUCUUGACAUCUUGACAUCUUGACUUGAGGAGGACAGAUGACGUGCCUUCAACAAGUUGUCAAGCUUGUCCUCACAUACUGAUUUGUAUAUAUGUUCUCAUAAUGAGACUCUUCCCCUGUCGUUUCCCCGGCCUGAGGCCGUUCCUUCUUUCCGUCAUCGUUGUAUUCACAUUUGCUUCCAAAAUUUUGCAUCUUUUUCAGCAUCGUCGCAAUGUUCGAAGUCCAUCCUUUUUGCUGUAUCUACCCACUUUUUUUCUCACUGAUUUCCUUGUUUCAAUCUUUGCAUGGCUGGCGUUGUCGAAGCUUCCUGGGUCUUGGGGUAUUGCUGGUUUGGCCAUUGUUGCUUUCGUAGGUGCCGUUGACAUUGGUGCUGUCUCGUCACAAUUUGGGUUUUUCUAUGUCACCGGUGCUGAGGUGCGAUGGAAUGCUGCAUCAACCCUCGCCUCAGAUAAAGCAGGAUUCAACCUGCUGCUGAGCGGGUUGAUGCCCGUCUUUGCUUUUGGCACGCUUCUUUUUACUCUCAGCUGGAUAUUGGCACCGCUAAUCACGUUCAUCCUCGAUUCAUGGCUCAAUGCAGUUGGCAAUGCUUUCGCCGGGCUCUCCUUCCGCUCUCGCCAAUACCUCCCUCUCACCAAUGAGCCCAAGGAACCUAGACGGCGGAAAUAUUUGGCGCUGUCUAUUACCCUGAUUGCUUUGUUCAUCAUUUUAGGCAUCGACAUAUACCGACCACAAGUGCCGUACGACCACAUCUCCGGGACAGUACCGUUCACACUUGCCGCCGCCUUUCAAAAUCAGAACGCGACCUGCCUUUCAGACCAACAACCCUUCCCGUUGUCCGAUUUGGUGGCUCCUAACUUGUGGGAACCCGAGAACGGUCGAUACAAGGGUUGGAAACCCGGUUCUCAAUCGUCUGCAGCCGACUUGGCCACCGUAAUGGCACCAUCAUGGGCUCCCGAAAGCUGGCCUGCCGGUUUUGGAAGGUGGGCGCGAAAAGGUCAGAACUCAACACAGGAGGAUGCCUUACUAGCCAUGAGCGAUGCUGUAUGUCCCGGCGGUAACUCUAGGUAUAACAUAUACAACCCGACACUAGAUCCCAUGCGGAUCACCAACCUGGAUCUCGAUGUGCUGGCCCCGGUCCAAGAAGCGUUGAAAGAUCACGCAGUUCCAAUCAAACACGUUUUUCUGAUCGAGAUGGAAAGCGCACGAAAGGAUAUAUUCCCCCUGAAAGCGGGUUCGCACCUGUACCAGCAAAUCAUAGAUGCUCACGAAUCGGCGAGCGAGGAGGAUCUUUACGAACUCAAUUCGAGACUAGCUGCCAUGACACCGGUUGCCGAGCAAAUCACCGGGGAAUCUGGAAACUUCAACCUGAAAUCGGACGAACUGCGAAACAAUCUUACCGCUGAUUCAUGGAAGGAUCCGUCAGCGCCAGGAAUGGGCGGCAUAAACGUCAUUGGCGCCCUGACUGGAAGCAGUCUCUCUUUCAAGAGCCUUGUCGGUAGUCAUUGUGGCGUAGGGCCUAUUCCGGUGGAUUUCAUGUUUGAAACCGAAGCCGAGGUCUAUCAGCCAUGCAUUAUGCAUAUCCUAAAGCUAUUCAACCAACUCAAAAACGAAGGCCAGAAGGAGGCGACAGAUAUGCGCUCACAGAGAUGGAAGUCGGUCUUUCUGCAAUCGGUCACUGGAGAGUUUGAUAAUCAGGUUCAGUUGAGCCUGCAGAUAGGAUUUGAAGAAUCCAUUUUCAAAGAGAAUAUCAGCACUGCAUCCGCGAAGCACUGGCAUAAAGGCAUGAAAGAGAUCAAUUACUUUGGGUAUGAGGAGCCGGAGAUUUAUCCUUAUCUCAAAGACACCAUAGAAGACGCCAAGGCAAAUGGAGAAAGACUGUUUCUGACACACUUUACGAGCACUACACACCAUCCCUGGGGACUUCCGGCAGGCGUUGAAGUUGAGGAUUACUGGCCUCGCAACGGUUUUGCGUCGGAACACCAGCCCAUGAAUAAAUAUCUCAAUUCCGUGCGUUAUGUCGACGAAUGGCUGGGUAAUGUCCUUGAGCUCAUUGAAGAGACUGGAAUCGCAAACGAGACGUUGAUAGUUUUCGUGGGUGAUCAUGGACAAGCCUUUGAGGAAGAUCACCAUGUUACCGGUACUUUUGAGAACGGCCAUAUCAGCAAUUUUCGAGUUCCUAUUGUGUUCCGUCAUCCACAGCUUCCCCGUCUUGACGUGCACGCCAAUGCAACGUCGAUAUCUAUCCUACCUACAAUCCUGGAUCUGCUGAUCACCACAAAUUCCCUGAACGAUAUUGAUAGGGAUGUUGCGUCUGAUAUAAUCCAGGAAUACGAAGGUCAAUCCUUAUUAAGGCCUUACAAGAACAGCCACAACGGUCGACAAGCGUGGAAUAUGGGUAUCAUCAAUACCGGAGGGACGAUGUUAAGCGUGGCGUCAGCAGCUGCGCCCUACCGACUUGUUCUCCCCUUAACCCGAGACUUUACGUUUGUCUUUUCAGAUCUGUCGAAAGAUCCAUACGAGAUUGAUCUCGUAGAAGACUGGGAUUUUUAUUCCCUGGUUCAUACCGUUAAGAGAAAGCAUGGCCAUGAUGCCGCGCACUGGCUGAAGGAUGCUGAGAAAGUGGCGAGAUGGUGGGUAAAUGAAAGAAAGCGACUUUGGAAUUAUCAUGAGGGAUGA